AUGACAACGAUCCUGGAGAGAUCCGAAAUUGAAGAACGAAUCUGUAGAGGUCAAGCGAUUGUGAUCUACGAUGGAAAUGUGCUGAGGCUCGACAAAUGGAUCAAGUACCAUCCAGGGGGCGAUAAAGCUAUUCAUCAUAUGAUAGGCAGGGAUGCUACUGAUGAGAUGAAGGCUUACCAUUGCGAUGAAACGGUUUCAACAUUUUUGAAAUGGAGAAUUGGCAGGGUAUCUGGAAGAUGGCAUAAUUUCUUACCUCCGAUACAGGGUGGUGUGUUCAAGAGCAGAGAGGACCAGGAAGGCUCAGGCCCUUCUUGUGAGCCUGAAAGCGAGUGGCGAGACGUUGAUACAAGUGACGCUUUCCAAGACAUUAGUAAAACGAAGCGAAUGUGCGGUGAGCCAGAUGUCAAGAUAUAUCCGAAAAUUCCACAGGGCGUAGUGCCAACACUAGAUCUGAAGCUUGCCUUCGAGAAAAAAGUCGUUACAGAUCCUCAAGAUAUUACGGAGAACUACGACAAUGAGCAGGUCAAGCACGAUUUGUUAACGCUCCCAAGCCUCGAUGCCGAGACACAAGACUGGCUGUCCCAAGAGUAUAAUGAGAUGCAUCAAGAAGUUAUUCAAGCAGGCCUCUACAAAUGCAAUUAUUUCAGGUACGCCAAGGAGCUCUUGAGAAUUGGAGCUCUUUUUGGUUUAUCUUACUUCCUUCUGUUUCACAAAAACCAGAAAUUUUGGAGCGCCGUAUCCAUGGGUGCUGCAUGGCAGCAGCUUGUCUUCAUCGCCCACGACGCUGGGCACAUUGGAAUUACCCAUAACUAUCAGGCUGAUAAUAUUAUUGGUAUGGUGAUCGCGUCCUGGAUCGGUGGUCUUUCGCUUGGAUGGUGGAAGCGUAAUCACAACGUCCACCACCUUGUAACAAACGAUCCUAUACAUGACCCCGACAUUCAGCACUUACCUUUCUUUGCUGUUAGCACAAGGCUGUUCAAUAACAUCUAUUCAACCUACUACGAAAGGUUCUUGUGGUUUGACAAAUUUGCUCAAAAGGUUAUUCCUCUUCAAAGGUUUUUAUAUUAUCCUAUACUUGCGUUCGGGAGGUUUAACUUAUACCGUCUGAGCUGGAUGCAUGUACUGCUGGGCCAAGGGCCCCGUCGCGGGAAAGCUGCUUGGUUUCGCUACUUUGAACUAGCUGGUCUCAUUUUUUUCAACUAUUGGUUUUUCUACCUAAUUGUAAUAUGCAGGCUUCAUACCGGCUGGGAAAGGUUUCAAUACAUCAUGGUCUCGCAUAUCACUACUAUGCUUGUUCACGUUCAAAUCACUCUAUCACAUUUUGCCAUGUCAACAUCAGACCUUGGCGUAGCUGAGGGCUUCCCAAUGCGUCAAUUAAGGACAUCAAUGGAUGUUGAUUGCCCACGCUGGCUUGACUUUUUGCAUGGCGGGCUACAAUUUCAAGUGGUGCAUCAUUUAUUCCCUCGACUUCCUCGCCAUAACUUGAGAGACGCUCAACCCUUUGUAAUCAAGUUCUGCGAAAAAGUCGGGCUCACUUACUCCAUUUAUGGGUUUAAGAAGGGCAACGGCGUUGUGCUAGGAAGGCUAGAGGAGAUCGCGCAACAGGCUAAGACCAUGCUCAAAUGCGCCCAAACAAUGGAACAAGAAGCUAAUUCCCGGCCCAAGCCUAAUAUUAGUGCCCCAAUAGAUCAUACGUGCAGCAGCAAGCGGCACAAACUUGCAUAA